CAGAUGUCUCCACCCGAGCCGCCCCUCAGAGCUGAAGAUUUCGAGUUUAAUGAAGAAGAUGAACACCCUCUCGCCUCCAACCCCACCCCAACUCCCCUCUUACCUUCUCGGUCACCAUACCACCUCCCCGCUUCUGAACAACUCCGAGGAGUUGCUAACCGUAUCAUCUUCAGUAGAUAUUACAUCCUGUUCUACUUUGUGAUGAUGAGUCUCAGUAUGACCACUGUUAUCUUGAGUCUGAUAGCUACUCGUGAUGAGAUGUUGUGGAAAUCAAAAACUGACGUGCGUAUAGAUAGACGUCAAUGUCCACCUUUAGUUUGGCACAUUUUGGAGGUGAUAGUGAAUGGUUUGAUGGUACUUGAAGUAGGAACGAGAUGGACUGCUUAUGGCAAAAAAUAUCCCAUGACACUCCUCAAUGUCAUUGACCUCGCUUUGGUCUUAUUCUGUUCUCUCACUUUGAUCCUCGUCUUUUCUUCCCCUUGUUCCGAAGGGACUCGACAGGAAGAAGUUUUAGACACUAUCCUACUGGUGAUUAGGAAUGCUGUUCAGUUCCUUCGUCUCGGUAAUAUCUUACGACGAUCCGGUCAUUCUCUCUUUAACCCACCCAAACCAAUCGAUCUUUCUCAAGCUGCUCAAGCAUCCCUCGCUCUCGAUUUAGAUCUAGAUGAUGACGAAGCUCAAGCUGAACGUCAAUUACGUCGAACGCUAGUAGGUACGGGAAGUAGAAGAGGAUAUGAGCCUUUGUCUUCCGAUGCCACAGAGCCUAGGAGAGGUGUGGGAGUGGGGAAUAACGCUGGACGGGAGAACCUUUCUGAGGAAGAUGCGGAUGCUUGGGAUAGGUUAGGUUGA